CCUCAGUUUAUGUCCGAACAAGCAGGAUGGGGUGCAUUUGAGAGGAACAAGAGGGCCCCGUUCGUUGGGAUGGAGGAGCGCUGGGAAUCGCAGUGGCAGCAGUUCCUCCAGACGCUGCAACCGGUUCAUCCAGGAGAGGGCAAGUCCAAGAUGUCGGAUGCUUCUCCCUGGGAAGAUCCCAAGGUCUUCCUGGCCUCCUUCGAGCAGGUGGCCCAAGCCUGCCGGUGGCCCAGAGAAGAGUGGGUGUCCUGUCUCCUGCCGGCCUUGAGCGGAGAAGCCGAAGAGGCUUUUCAGAAGCUGGAAAUCGGAGAACGGGUCAACUAUGGGAAGGUGAAGGCCGCCAUCUUGAAAGGGGAAGCGGUGAAAAGGGAGGACCAGCGUCAACACUUCCGCCAGUUCUGCUGCCAGGAAGUGGAAGAUCCUUGGAUGGUUUACAAGCAGAUCCAGGAGCUUUGCCGCCAGUGGUUGAAGCCGGAGAGGCGCCCCAAAGAGCAGAUCCUGGAGCUGCUCAUCCUGGAGCAGUUCCUGGCCAGCCUGCCUCCGAAGCUCCAGAGCUGGGUUCAACCCAGGAGGCCGGACACGUGUUCCCAGGCAGUGGCCCUGGUGGAGGACUUCCUACGGAGUCAGCAAGGAAUCAAAUCAGAAGCCUGUCAGGGGCCACCAAAUGAAGAACCCACCAAUUUCGAAUGUGCUGAGCAGGAGCCCUUAGAAGCCGUGAAGAGAGAAAAUGUUGAAGUGGAGAUCGGUAUGCUGGGACCUGGAAUCGAAUCCCCAGACCCUCCCAGCUCAAUGCUUCCUUCCGAAAGAUUAGGGAUGGUGCAAACUGCCUUGAAAGAGGCAGUCACAGACCUGAAGGAGAGAGAUGUUCACUUGCCGACAGCCAAGUGGGAUCUGGUCCAGCCUGUUCCUAAAAGGAUGGCCCCGGAGGCUCUCCAGUCGGAGCACAGGAACAUUGGCUCUUUAA